AUGGCCACUACGUCAGGCCCAGAGCCCCCGGGGAGCACAGGGAGCGCAGCAGCAGGUGCGGUAGAGGAGGAGGAGAUGAGUUUGUGUGUGCGGUGGGCGGGCAAGGAGCUGACGGUGGGCGCCAGCGGUGACGACACGGUGGGCGAGCUGAAGCGGCGCAUCUGCGAGGCGACGGGCGUGCUGCCCACCCGGCAGAAGCUGCUCAACCUCAAGCUCGCCGGGCGCCCCGCCCCCGACUCCACUCUGCUGUCCCAGCUCGCCAUCAAACCCUCCCUCAAGAUCAUGAUGAUGGGCACGGUGGAGAGUGAGAUCGUGGUGGGCCCGUCACCACAGGAAGCCCCCGACGUGGACGUGCUGGACGACCUACAGCUGCCGGAGGACGAGGCCGUGGCCAUCAAGGACCGCCCGGAGAACCUCGCCAAGCUCAGACGCCGCUCUCAGCACUUCAAGGUGCGCCGCUCUCAGCAAUUCAAGGCGCGCCGCUCUCAGCACUUCAAGGUGCGCCGCUCUCAGCACUUCAAGGUGCGCCGCUCUCAGCACUUCAAGGUGCGCCGCUCUCAGCACUUCAAGGUGCGCCGCUCUCAGCACUUCAAGGUGCGCCACUCUCAGCACUUCAAGGUGCGCCGUUCUCAGCACUUCAAGCUGAAGGUGCUGAACCCACCGAGGGCGGGCAAGCGGCUGCUGGUGCUGGACAUCGACUACACGCUCUUCGACCACGUCUCCCCCGCUGAGAAUGCUGCCGAGCUCAUGCGCCCCUGCUCAUGCGCCCCUGCUCAUGCGCCCCUGCUCAUGCGCCCCUGUGAGUCAGGCUCAUGCGCCCCUGUGAGUCAGGCUCAUGCGCCCCUGCUCAUGCGCCCCUGCUCAUGCGCCCCUGCUCAUGCGCCCCUGCUCAUGCGCCCCUGCUCAUGCGCCCCUGCUCAUGCGCCCCUGCUCAUGCGCCCCUGCUCAUGCGCCCCUGCUCAUGCGCCCCUGCUCAUGCGCCCCUGCUCAUGCGCCCCUGCUCAUGCGCCCCUGCUCAUGCGCCCCUGCUCAUGCGCCCCUGCUCAUGCGCCCCUGCUCAUGCGCCCCUGUGAGUCAGGCUCAUGCGCCCCUGUGAGUCAGGCUCAUGCGCCCCUGCUCAUGCGCCCCUGUGAGUGCCAAGGGGCUGCCGGCACGGGUAGAUUGUGCGACAAUGCUAGUGCGGUGCCUCCCAGCAUGCAUGUGCCAGUUGCAUGCACGUGGAGUGAGCCGAUGAGGAUGCUGAUUUUGAAGGAGGUGAUGACAUGUGCAGCAGUGGGACGGCAUGCGUUGAGGGCGAGCAGGGGUGUGAGAGUGGUGUACAGGGCGAGUGGUGUAUGGGGCGAGUGGUUUACGGGGCGAGUGGUGUAUGGGGCGAGUGGUGUACGGGGCGAAUGGUGUACGGGGCGAGUGGUGUAUGGGGCGAGUGGUGUAUGGGGCGAGUGGUGUAUGGGGCGAGUGGUGUAUGGGGCGAGUGGUGUAUGGGGCGAGUGGGUGCAGAGGGGCGGGCAGGCUGACCUGCACGAGUUCUUGGCAGCCAGCUACUCCGCUUAUGACAUUAUCAUUUGGUCCGCCACCAGCAUGAGGUGGGUGGAGGUGAAGAUGCGUGAGCUGGGCGUGUUGGGGCACAGCGACUACCGCGUGCUGGCGCUCGUGGACCACAUGGCCAUGAUCACCGUGCACUCGCCCCACCGUGGCGUCUUCGACUGCAAGCCCCUCCAAAUCCUCUGGGACAAGUUUCCUGAGCACUACAGCGAGGCCAACACGAUCAUGUUUGACGAUCUGCGCCGCAACUUUGUCAUGAAUCCGCGCAACGGGCUCACCAUCCGCCCCUUCCGCCGCGCCCACGCCAACCGCCACUCUGACCGCGAGCUCGCACACCUCACUGAGUAUUUGCUCGCUAUCGCUGACCUGGACGACUGGAGCCAGCUGGAUCACAACCAAUGGGAGCGCUUCAUGCGGCACCUGAAGAAGUAG